AUGUCUUCUAUGCUGAGCUCUCAAGGUCUGGUCUUGGCCACAGCCAUGGCCGUCUCAAGCACUCUCGUCUUCCUUGCUUUCUCUAGGCAGAAGACUUUCCCACCAACCCAACUUUCUGAUAGCCACAAUUCCCAGAAAAAUCCAAAGAAAACUGCUCUGCGUUCUUGCUUGUGUUCAGGUGAUAAGAAGAGGGAGAGGAAGAAAAAGAAAGUGCAUUUUGCUGAAAAUGUUGAGGCGCCGCCAAUUGGCGGUGGAGAGGAAAUGGUGAUGAGAAAGCAGAGCAAAGUUGAGAGAAGAAGUUGCAGAAACGAAAUUCCUGAGAAUCGGAUUGCUUUGUACAAUGGAAUUCUCAAGAACCGUGUGCAAAGGAUGCAGUGUUCUCAUUGA